AUGGAGCAUGCGAGGCCUCCGUCGGAAUUGUGUCUGGAUGGCAGCCCCGUCAGCAGGGCUGACGCGUGGCAACGAUGGAAAACGCAGUUUAAGUUGUUUUUAAAAGCAUCGGGGGUGCAUAAGGAGGAGCCGGGUGUGCAAGCUAGUCUGCUCAUCAAUUUAAUCGGUGCUGAUGGUUUCGACAUUUAUGAAACGUUCACUUUCGAGAGCGACGAAGAACGAGAUGACAUCAACAUAGUGCUAAAAAAGUUUGAUAUAUAUUUCGGAGUAAAAAUUAAUAUAACGUUGGCGAGAUAUAACUUUUUUAGUCGUAACCAAGAACAGGGCGAGACUAUUAGUCAAUACGUAGUGGCGUUAAGACUACUGAGUAAAAACUGUGCUUUCGCAUCGUUGGAGGAGGAAUUGAUUCGCGAUCGCAUAGUAUGUGGAAUUCGAAGCGGGGUCGUGCGGGACCGCCUAUUAAGAGCGGAAGACCUGACCCUAGACAAAGCGAUCAAGAUCUGUGAAGCGGACGAGGUAUCCGCCGACAGCAGUCGGUGCCUGGAGGCGCGCGGCGCCUGCGUGGCCGCGGUGGCGGUGCGCGGGGCCGGCGGCGCGGGCGGCGGGGCCGGCCGGCGGCCGCGCGGCGGUGGCUACGGUCGCGGGCGCUCGCGGGGCCGAGUGGCGCCCGCGCAUAUGCAAGUGCAGUGUCGCGGAUGUGGUCGGAAAUGCACGCCCGGGGCGUGCCCGGCGCAAAAUGUACAGUGUUUUAUGUGUCAUAACUACGGUCAUUUCGCGAGAAUGUGUGAGUCAGUAAGUGUAAAAAAAAUGUAUGACAUCGACAUGUGUGAUGAAGCCGCGAACGGUGAGAAGCAGGAUGACUGUGAGUUGUUUUUUAUUUCUAUGCUAACCGAUGUGUCGGUGGUUAAGAACGCGACCACUACGGCAUCUCGUGACGAAUGGUACGAACUUUUAAAAUGUGACGGUGGUACCGAGAAAUUCAAACUAGAUUCGGGAGCCGAUAUAAAUGUGUUAUCAUAUGAACGAUUUAAAUCCUUAGGGUUUGUUGAUUCGAUCUUGGAAAAUAGAAAUAACAUAAAAUUACAAUCUUAUAGUGGAAAUAUUAUACCUAUAAGAGGAGUAUGUAAAUUAAGAUGGUAUCAUAAAAGUUACAAAUAUGACUUGUUUUUUGCUAUUGCUAACAUACUUUGUGAAAGUGUGCUGGGCCGUCAGACGUGUAUAAAUCUGGGAUUAAUUAAGCGUUGUGAUAGUGUUCGCAUAAGCGAUUAUAAUGAUUUAUUUGAAGGUUUGGGCUGUUUACCGGGUGAAUACCAUAUCGUAGUGAAUAGUUGUGUCCAGCCGGUGGUGAGCGCGCCACGUAAGGUACCUCUAGCGUUGCAGGAUAAAUUAAGGACUGAAUUAGACAGAAUGAUAGGACUGGGGGUUAUAAGAAAGGUCAGUCACCCCACACCUUGGGUAAAUUCAGUAGUGAUAGUGGCGAAAAAAAAUGGCGAUUUGAGAAUUUGUUUAGAUCCGCGGCCUUUAAAUUGUGCUAUUCAGAGGGCUCACUUUCAGUUACCAACGGUUACGGAAAUAGCUACGAAAUUACAAGGUGCAAUUUACUUCUCAGUUCUUGAUGCCAAUUCUGGUUUUUGGGCGAUAAAACUAGAUGAACCGAGCGCUGAUUUAUGUACUUUUAGUUCGCCUUUCGGACGUUAUCAAUAUACUAGAUUACCGUAUGGUUUAAACUGUGCGCCAGAGGUGUUCCAUGCAACGGUAAAACAGCUGUUAGAAGGCUUAGACGGUGUGGAUUCUUUUGUCGAUGACAUUAUCUGUUGGGGGCGGACAAAACAAGAGCAUGACGAUAGGUUACAAGCAUUAUUAGAGAGAGCACGUAAAAUAAAUUUAAAAUUUAAUAAAAAUAAGUGUAAAAUAUGUGUACAGGAAGUCACAUACUUAGGACAUAUUUUUAAUAAAGACGGAAUGAAACCGGACUGCUCCAAGGUCACAGCGAUCAAAGAGAUGCCCGUCCCUACUGACAAAAAAUCGUUAGAAAGAUUUUUAGGAGCAGUAAACUAUUUGUCCAAAUUUAUACCAAAUUAUUCGGAUAGAACAUUUCCAUUGACCGGUCUGCUGAAGAAAGAUAUUGAAUGGAUGUGGGGGAGUAGCCAUCAGCGCGCGGUUGAUGAAUUGAAACAUUUAAUUAGCGUCGCGCCCGUGCUGGCGCUGUACGACGUGCGCGCACCCGUCGUGGUGUCGGUGGACGCGAGCGCGGUGGCACUGGGCGCCGUGUUGUUACAGGCGGGCCGCCCCGUCGAGUAUGCCUCGCGCACACUUACAGACACCCAGUCUCGGUAUGCGCAGAUCGAAAAAGAAUUGCUCGCAAUUGUGUUCGCUUGUGAGAAGUACCACCAGUAUAUUUAUGGUAAGAAAAAUGUAAUUGUCGAAACUGACCACAAACCAUUAGAAAAUAUAUUUAAAAAACCAUUGCAAUCGGUCCCAGCACGCUUGCAACGUAUGUUGCUACGACUUCAGGGUUACGAUUUGAAUGUUACUUAUAAGCCGGGUAAAUAUAUGUACCUCGCUGACACACUGUCGCGCGCGCCUCUGUCGAUUCCUUAUGAUGAUUCAGUUAGUAGAGGUAAUUCAUAUCAAAUUAACCUAUUAAUGAGUCAAGUCAAAAUGUCACAAAAUAAAUUGCAACUCGUGAGGAACGAGACUGAAAAGUGUGAAGUUUUAAGUCAGCUAAUGAAAUACAUAAAUGCGGGAUGGCCGUCUAAUAAAUAUGACGUAAUAGAAAAUUUAAAAUUCUACUGGUCUAUUAAAGAAGAUCUAUUUAUAGUUGAUGGUGUAAUUUUUAAAAGUAACUUAGUGAUAAUUCCGGAUUCAUUAAAAACAGAAAUGUUAAAAAUAAUUCAUGACGGCCAUCUUGGAAUUGAUCGAUGUAAGAGGCGAGCACGAGAGGUAUUGUUUUGGCCGGGAAUAACAAAAGAUAUUGAACUUUAUGUGAAGAGAUGUGCAGUGUGCCAGGAAUAUUCAAACGCGCCGGCCCGGGAACCAAUGUUGCCUGUUGAGAUUCCUAUAUUACCUUGGAAUAAAGCUAUGAAAGAGAUUUUUGCUAGACAUGGCAUACCAGAAGUGUUAGUUAGUGACAAUGGUACACAGUUCACUAGUAGAGAAUUUAAAAAAUUUGCCUCAGAAUGGGGAUUUGACCAAAUCACGACUUCGCCAAAUUAUGCACAAGCAAAUGGUAAAAGCGAACGCGCUGUACAAACAGUAAAGCAUAUUUUAAAGAAAUCGAUUACUAGUGGAUCAGAUUUUUAUCUAAAUUUGUUAAGUUACCAUAAUACGCCGCGUGACAGUUUGAGUUCUCCUGCACAAAUGCUGAUGGGACGUAGACUUAAAUGUAGGUUGCCUGUGCAUCCUGAUGUAUUAAAGCCAAAAGUGAUAAGUCCAGUACAACAUGAUGUUUUGAUAGAAAAACAAAUAAAAAGUAAACAAUAUUAUGACACUCACAGUAAAAUAUUGCCUAAAUUAAAGUCAGGAGAUAAUCGAGAUUAA